GGUUGCAACGCUUCAGAUCUGCACAUCAUCUUUCUUCCACCGUUUACUCUUCUGAGUUUCUCAUUUUGUAACGCUUCUUGAUGCUUUUCUUUCUUCCACUGUUUUGCUCUUUUCCAUUUCUUAUUUGGCUUAGAAAUCAAAUGGAUAAAAGGAACAAUCUUCAAGAGAAAUUUCGUUACCUCUUCUCCCCCCUUACCCUAGCAGCGCCGCUGCUCACAUGGGAGAGAAUUGAACUCGAUGGUGGCUCUGCGGUCCGGGGCGGUAGCCCGUUCCUGACCUGAGGCAAUAGCGAUUUAAAUUUUAAACCAUAGAGGUUGCAGGGCUCGGCGAUAUGAACACGGAGGCUGGGGAGCUCUGAUCUUCAAUCCGGUCCACUUUGUUCAUGCUUUCAGUAGUAGGUCGUGUGUAACGUUAGUCCUACCGUUUAUUUCUUAAUAGAGGAGACUUACGUAGACGUCCAGUUAGAGAGAGAAAUGAGGUAUGAGGAGGGAGGGAAUCACGUGACCUUUAUAAGCGACACAGAAGUUUCCAAAAAAGAAAACUAAACCUAUAUUCAAAUUCAAAGCUCUGUCAUACGCAAGAACACAGAACACUGCGUGAGAACAGUGGUUCAAUCUCUCCCUUUGGCUCUGCCACCCUCUUGCUUCAACCUCUCCCUUUGCCACCAUCGCCUCAACUUCAUCUCUCUCCUUCGAUUUCUGAAGAAUAUGGAAUCUGAAGUUCAAAGUGGCAAUGCUUAGCGGUUACCCUAGCUCCGAACGAUUCAAUCUAAAGUUGCCUCUUCAAUCUGCAUAUGAUGGCAUCGUGUUUGAGAUCAGGGAAGAAAGCAAAGCGUGAGAGCGCAACGGGGCCUAAUUGGCUUGAACUUCCAAAAGAGCUAACAACAAUCAUACUUCAAAAGCUUAAUACCAUAGAAAUUGUGACAAGUGCAAGCCCAGUGUGCUCUUUGUGGUGGAACAUUUGUAAGGAUCCACUCAUGUGGUGCACUAUUGACAUGAUCGAAGACUCCGACCAUCCUAACCAUAAAUUGGAGAAGAUUUGUCGCUAUGCCAUUGAUCGAAGCUGCGGUCAUCUGGAAGACAUUAGUAUUGGAAAUUUUGCCACUAAUGAUCUUCUCAAAUACAUAGCUGAUAGCACAAACCACCUCUAUCGCUUGCGACUUCGAGAAUGCAGGGCUAUUUCAGAUAAAGGAUUGAUUGAAGUUGCUAACAAGUUUCCAGUGUUAGAAGAGCUUGACAUUUCAUAUAGCAAUCUAACUAAGGAUUCUCUGAAAGCUAUUUGCCGAUGUUGCCCUCAUUUGAAAGCAUUAAAAUUUAACUCAACCGGAAACCUCUAUGAUGAGGUUGCGUUUGCUAUUGCAGGAACCAUGCCUAAGCUACGCCAUCUACAUGUUGCGCUAAACCGUUUCAGUAAUGAAGGCUUGGAUGCCAUUCUUGAUGGUUGUCCUCUUCUUGAAUAUCUUGACCUGGGAUUUUGUUUUAAUAAAACCUGUGUGACUAAAAGUUUGAGGAAAAGGUGUCCUGAUCUCAUAUCGAAGAGACCUGGCUUUCACUUUACUUCCAAGAUAAUGAUUUCUUCCAAGAAGAUUAUUGGUUGGACUCUGGUAAAUGAAGAAAAUAUUUCUCAAUUUAAUUAUGUAUAAUUGGCAGAGAUUAUUGGAUGGGAAAUGAUUAUUUUGGUUUUAGGACUGUUCUUUUUGGAAAUGUUGAUCACACUGAGUACUAUUUUGAAAGGCAUGGUUCUGUUGAAGAUACUCCAAUAUCAAUAGGGAUUAUUUUGUGGGAAGACAUGAGUUCAGAAAUGGUGUUAUUUUAUCAA